CACACACACACACACACUCACACAUACACAUACACACUCUCUCUCAGCCACCAGGGCUUGCUUUAACAUGAUUAGGGCAGCAGGGAAGCCAGCAGUGUAGUGUUUCCCCGCACUUCGGAUGCACCGACGUUGGCACAGAGCUAGAUGAGUUUGUGGGAGGCGAGGCGGUGCACUGCCGUGUUAGUGUGUUAUUUAUUCUGCUCGUUUUUCAGGGGGGCCGAAUGAAUUAAUGCCGUUUUCUGGCGACGAGGCGACAGUGAGAGAAGGGAAGGAUGAGUGCCGAGGCCCGGCCUAAGCACAGAUCUCCCGCUGGCCUUUCACAAAUCGACAAAAAAGUGGCUCGACGUGUCCAAAUCUGAGAGGAUGGCCGACGGGUUUGUCCGUAAAUGGUAAGAUUGGACGGAGCCAUGACAACAUGAAUCAGUCGUACAAAGUGGCUGCCAGGGAUGGCCCGGGGUGUCUUCCUGACCCGCAGGACCAGCAGGCCCAUGAUAGCCGCAUCACUACCUGUGGGCUCUACCACAGCGGUGCGAAGCGGCAGGCGGACCAGCCGUCUUCCGUGCGGUUGCAGAACUCCGUCUACAAACCCUCGCCUCUGCUCUACUCUCAGAGAGAGUCCACGUCCAGCUACAGCCCUCUCCGGAGGCUCCAGGACCUGACCAGCAUGGUCAACAGGCCCGAUUUGAGCCUGCAGGACAAGGACUUUCAUGGGCGCAGCAGAGCACACGUUGUGGGCUCCGAGUUUGGCCUGGGUUUGGUCCGCUCGCCUUUGCCCCACGGCCAUGGCGCAGAUGAGGGUCCAUACCGGAGCGUCCAGGACCUGGACAAAAAUGGCUUCUCCCCUGUCAGCUCCGACAGCCUGGAACACUUCUCACCCAUUCCCAACGGAUUCCUGCAUUUCGAAUCAAGUCUGUUUGACAGCGGGGACAGCAAGGAUGACCGGGAGGAGGAAGAUGAUGAGGAGCAGGAGGAGGAGGAGGACGUGGUGACUUUCAAAUCCUCAUCAAAGAAAUGCCUGAAAAGGGACUUUGCAAAUGCGAAAAGCUCUUGUGGUGCAGGGCUUGACCUGAGCUCCAACUCAAACAGACACGAACCCUUUAACCCAGUACAUAGAAAUACGUCACGGCCAGAACCCCCCGCCAGCCCCCCUCCGCUGCCCGUCGAGGUCAUGCUGGAGGAUUUUGACAGUAUGGAUGACUACUCGGACAGUGACUGUGACCUGCCCAGCACUGAAAACUGCGCAUCACUGUUCAGCACCGGUCUGUCUCAGAGGCCAAGGUCACCUAGCGGCACUCUCUCAAAUCCCUCUAACAGCCCAAAGAAGAAGCCUCUCCCCGGAGUGAAGUAUGCAGUGGGUGAUGUCGUAUGGGCGAAGUUUAACCGUAGGCCCUGGUGGCCCUGCCGGGUGUCUAUAGAGCCACUGAGUGAGAGUCACACCAGGAUGAAAGAGCCAAGUCGCAGGCCGUGCCGUCUGUAUUUUGUCAGGACAUUUGGGGACAUUGUGGACCAAGCAUGGGUUUCUGGAAAAGCCACUUAUCCUUUUGAAGGAGGUCAUCAGUUUGAGAAACUCCCCGUGCUCAGACGACGAGGCAGACAAAGAGACAAGGGCUACAAAUACACAGUUCCAAAGCGGUUGAUGCCACAGUGGAAAACCGGGGUUCAGGAGGCAGAGGCAGCUCUGCCGGAGCCUCUCAGCAGUAAGCUACUACCUGCCUCUGUCAGGGAUGUACGCACACCUGUUACGGAGGAGAAGACGCUCACCUCGUUAACCUGCUCUGCUAUACGUCCUCUGCCCUCACCCAGUCCUGUUUUUGCCAACGGACACGACCUCCAUAUCCCCAGCCCGCCCAAAGCCAGCAAAGAACCAAGCAAAAAGAAAUCGGCAGCUAAGAAGAAAAACAACUCACUGUUGAAAAGCCCCUUGAAAAUGAAAGAUGGAUUGUUCUCCAGGCUGAUGUCCAGCCCCGCGGCAGACAUUCACAAACCAUCCACAAACGAUUUGGAAUCAGAUGCUAGGGAUUGUCCAUACCUGGACAUUGAUUCGGUUCCAAGGAUACUGUGUCCAAAACGCUCGGAUGAGCAACCGGAAGCCGGGCUGGAAAAAGAGCCCAGCCCUGAGCCGAAGGUAGAGCGUGCAAGAAAAAAACAAAAAAAGGUCCAGAAGAUGGGGAAAGGAAAUGCAUCUGCCUCAAAACGCACACCGAGCAGCAAGGCUCUGCUUGAGCACAAGGCUUCAAACGGCAAGCGCUUGGGAAGCACUUCCCCUAGCUUGUCGGAUGGGACAUUUGAGAUGCAUUCUUUCUACUUGCCAGCGAGUUGUGGGCUCAUGUCCAGGGCUCUCGCUGCCUGUGAUGACACUGACGACAAAGACGGUCACAAUUCCAGCCGUGAAUCUUCAUCCCCAUCUCCGCCCUCUGCAACUGACCACGAUUCGUUUUCUCCAAUCACAGACCUGCCUGAGAGCACAGAGCAGCAUUGGCAGGUGAAAACAGAGGCUUUAGAGGACCCUACGCACCUGGCCAUCUCUGAUCACCAUGGAGGCUCCCCAAACCCCACCCUCCUGAAGCUGACUAGAGUUCGGUCCAAAAAGAAGCGCGUCCAGAAUGGACCACACUUAAAAACUAAAGAGCCCAAGGCCGAACCUUCGGAUUCUCUGAUCAGCCUGGUCAAAACGGAGAAAGAAGCAGUCAUUUCGUGCUCCUCUUCCUCCUCCUAUGCCCCCUCUCCGUCCCCCUCGCCCAUUGAAGCUUCAUUCAGGGAUGCCCAAGAGCUGUCAUUCAAGUCCCUGGUGAAGGAGGAGUGCGUCCCCGAUGAGCCCCCCCUACGCGCCGACUCCAACUUCAAGUUCAGCACUUUCCUCAUGCUGUUGAAGGACCUGCACGACAGCCGAGAGAAAGAGGGAAGGCCGCUGACCCUCCCGCCAACCUCGCCCUCCGCGCUCAUCAAGCAGGAGCCCUCGAUGAUCCCCACACUGCUCUCUGAUCCCUCCACGACUCCAGAUGACAGCGUUCUCGAGAAGGACCAGGUGACGGUCCCGAUUCAGAACGGACCACAUGUGAAGGCGCCUGCCAGCAGCACAAAGCAGAGCAAACCCAAAACUAAGGCUACAGGGAAAAAGGAGGCUCAGAAGCAGGACGAUGGGAGCAAUGUGCUUUCUCAGGUUUCAAACUCCAGCAAGCCACUUAAGAAGCAGAACUCAUCUGAAGCACUUGAAGCAAAAGCAACUGUACCAGAGGAGCUUUUGAACUGCCACACCGAGGCUGCCCCUGAGGCUGGUGGUAGGGGCAUUUUCUCCACUGUGGCCCCAAAGAAGCGCUGGCAGACAUUUGAGGCCGAAGCUGGAGAGAGUGCCAAGCCAAAGAGCAGUGAAGGCAGCGUGCUGGAACAGGAUGCAACCAAGAUACUGUCCAGGCUCAAUGGAGUGUUUGAGGAAACCCUCCAAAGCCUCCAGUCCUGUUCUGCAGAGAAGAAAGAAGGCUCUGAGAGCAAAAGGCUUCGGAAGCCAAGUAAGAGGCUGAUCGAGUGUGGUGAGGAGUAUAAGCAGAUUUACACUCCAAAGAAGAAAUCAAAGAAAACCACCGAGUGCUCUAAAACAGGGGCUUGGAUUAAUAACACUAAUUUUGGCCAGCAGCCUUCAGAACCUCAGACGGCUGACUGUGUAAGCUCAGCUGCAGGUCAGCUAUUAGAGGCUUCAGCAACAGAACCAUCUCAGCAUCAGCAGCAGCCGACUCCAGAUGAGCCUGAUAACAUCCCUUCUUUACUGCCCUCAUCAACACCUGACAAAGCUCCCGCACAAGAAGCAGAAUUGCCCGACAAGAAAGCUGCAUCUUCAGAAAGAAAAAGACCAAGGAAGCCCACCCAUAAAGUAAUGGAGUGUGCCAUCGAGGAGGAACAAAUCAGGAUCCCAAAGAAGAAGGAGUCUAAGCAACAGGGUAAUUGGACAGAGCAAUCAGAUGUCAAAGUUUUUCAGAAAAAUGAAGUGCCUGGAACCACUCUGUCCAGCCCACCUUCCAUGUCAGGUAUCAAACCUGGACCAGGUGAUGCACAGACACCCUCCUCGACUCAACCUGUAACACCCAGCGUCCUCCGGAGUCGUGAGACUAGACACAGCCGCAGUCCAGCUGAGCCCAAAACAGCAGAGCAGAACCAGCCCGAAACGCCGGGGCCUGUAACAGCAGAGGCGACACUGAGUGAGGGGCUUCUCUCAGCCAGGGAUUCUUUUGCUGUUGAUGUAGGUCUGUCUUAUGGCAGGAAACCGUCAGAGAAAGGCGGAGCUGCAUCACUGAAAGAGAACGUUUGUCAGGUAUGUGAGAAGACAGGUGAGCUGCUCUUGUGUGAGGGGCAGUGCUGUGGAGCCUUUCAUCUACAGUGUAUCGGCCUCAGCGAGAUGCCCAAAGGGCGCUUCAUCUGCCAGGAGUGCACUACAGGUGUGCACACGUGUUUUGUGUGCAAGAAGCCCGGAGAGGACGUCAGGCGGUGUAUGAUUCCGGUGUGCGGGAAGUUUUACCACGCGGAGUGCAUUCUGAAAUACGCCCCCACCGUCCCACAGAACCGAGGCUUCCGCUGCUCUCUCCAUGUCUGCCUGGCCUGCUACAUCACCAACCCCAACAACCCCUCCAUCUCCAAGGGUCGUCUGACCCGCUGCGUGCGCUGUCCGGUGGCCUACCACGCUAACGACUACUGCAUGGCUGCUGGCAGCGUCCCGCUGGCCAACAACAGCUUUCUUUGUCCAAACCACUUCACUCCCCGCAAAGGCUGCAAAAACCACGAACACAUCAACGUCAGCUGGUGCUUCGUCUGCUCUGAAGGGGGCAGUCUGCUGUGCUGUGAGUCCUGCCCUGCUGCUUUCCAUCGCGAGUGUCUGAACAUCGACAUGCCUCAGGGCAGCUGGUACUGCAAUGACUGUCGAGCAGGCAAGAAACCCCAUUAUAAGGACAUCCUGUGGGUGAAAGUAGGCCGCUACAGGUGGUGGCCUGCUGAGGUCAGCCUACCUAAAAACGUUCCUGAGAAUAUCAUCCGCAUGAGGCAUGAGGUGGGCGAGUUCCCUGUGCACUUCUUCGGCUCCAAAGACUACGUGUGGACCUACCAGGCCCGCUGCUUCCCCUACAUGGAGGGCGACGCCAACAACAAGGAGAAGAUGGGAAAGGGCACAGACGCUGUUUACAAGAAAGCUUUAAAUGAGGCAGCUGAGCGGUUCAGAGAGCUGCAGGCUGAGAAGGAGAUGAGGCAGCUUCAGGAGGACAGGAAAAACGACAAAAAGCCCCCGCCGUACAGGCACAUAAAGGUAAACAGGCCAAUAGGGAAGGUGCAGAUUUUGACGGCGGACCUGUCUGAGAUCCCUCGCUGUAAUUGUAAGGCCUCGGACGAGAACCCGUGCGGCAUCGACUCGGAGUGCAUCAACCGAAUGCUGAUGUACGAGUGCCACCCGCAGGUGUGUGCGGCUGGAGAGCGCUGUCAGAACCAGUGUUUCACCAAACGCCAGUACAGCCCAGUGGAGAUCUUCCGCACGCUGUCUCGCGGCUGGGGGCUACGCAGCAUCUCCGACAUCAAGAAGGGUGCCUUUGUGAGCGAGUAUGUGGGUGAGGUCAUCGACGAGGAGGAGUGUCGUGCCAGGAUCAAACACGCGCAGGAGAACGACAUCAGCAACUUCUAUAUGCUCACACUAGACAAGGACCGCAUCAUUGAUGCAGGGCCAAAGGGGAACCAGGCACGCUUCAUGAACCACAGCUGCCAGCCGAACUGCGAAACGCAGAAGUGGACGGUGAACGGGGACACGCGAGUGGGGCUGUUCGCUCUGGAGGAUGUUGGUGCAGGUGUUGAGCUCACCUUCAACUACAACCUGGAGUGCCUGGGCAACGGCAAGACAGUCUGUAAAUGCGGGGCGCCAAAUUGCAGUGGCUUCCUCGGGGUGCGACCUAAGAACCAGCCACCAUCAGAAGACAAGGGCCGCAAGCUGAGGAAGAAGGUUACUGGGAAGCGGAAGAGUCAGCUGGAGGUGGUUAAGGAGCGAGAGGACGAGUGUUUUUAUUGCGGCGACGGUGGCCAAAUCAUUUCCUGCAAAAAGCCUGGCUGUCCCAAAGUGUACCACGCAGACUGUCUGAACCUGGCCAGGAGGCCUGCAGGUCGGUGGGAGUGCCCGUGGCAUCAGUGUAACAAGUGUGGACAUGAGGCGGCGUCUUUCUGUGAGAUGUGCCCCAGCUCUUACUGCGAGCAGCACCGUGAGGGCAUGCUCUUCAUUUCCAAGCUGGACGGGAAGCUGUCCUGCAGCGAGCACGACCCGUGUGGCCCCGACCCGCUGGAGCCAGGCGAGAUCCGCGAGUACGUUCCUGGGACUCCCAUCCUGCACCCGCCACCCAAUCUAGGAGGCCCUGGACUCUCCGCUGCCAGAUUACCUCAGGCUGUCAUGGCAACAGCUGCUCAUCUUUACAUCCCUGCCCCCAGUAGACCUGGCUACGGCGGCCAGCGAGGGGCAUUCAAGGAUGAAGUUGUGAUGGACCGCACAAUGAUCCCUGCUGCCUCUUCUCGCUGUAAACAGGCGAAAGAAGAUGUAGGACCGGAAGAAGGAGAGGUGGUGGAAGGAGUGAUUGGGGAUGAGGAUGAGGAACUGGAGGUUAUAGGUGAUGAAGAUGAGGACGAUGAUGAUGAUGAUGACGACGACGAUGAUGAUGGGGACUACGGAGACUUGGGGUUUGAAGACGAGGAAGACGAAGAGGGGUUUGAAGACUGGGGCGAUGAGUGUGUGGACGAAGACUUUGAUGCCGAAGCUCUAGGAGAGGUGGAAAUGGAGCCAGAGGCGUCUUAGGAGAAAGUGAAAUCUCUUCCUUUCUGAAAUCCAUCCAUCAAUCGCAAAGCUCUUUCUGACUUGGCAGCCUCCUCAGCCGGCCACAGCCGGCAGGGGGCGCUAGAGAGCAGCGAGAGAGAAGCAGGAACAGUACUGGAGGCCAUAUUCUCAAAGAACCUUGUGAAAGUGCUGUUUCUGAGUCAGUCAUGCUUUUAUAGUGUAUGGUGACAAAAGCUGGGAUCUUAGAUCAGCACUGAUACCUGGAGGUGCUUAGUGAAUACAGGCCCUGGAGAUUGUCUAGUUAGUUCUCAGCUGAAUGCAGAGGGACUCUCUUGAAUCUAACGGACGUGUGCAACAUGCUGAGGUUGAUUAUGGGGAUCAGCUUGCCUUCUCUAUUCAAGUCCUCUUUAACAGCUCCAUAAAGGGGACUGGAAGUGGUGCUGUGGGCCUUUGGCUGAGUUCUUCAGCCAUGAGUCCAGUAGUGGGUGUAAAGUUACUGUCUGGUGCUCUUUUGUGUUGGUUUUUGAUUUGUUUUUGUUUUGUUUUUCCACCAACUGUUUACAUUUUUCUCUCUGGCAAAAUAUGAACACAGCGGGUGACAUCCAGCAUAUUGGGGGGCAGCAACACUUUAACGCAGUGUCUUAAGAAAUAAUACUCUUACGAUAGCUGCGAUGCACUUUUGGACAGCGAUCAUGCUUUCGUCCGGCCUGUAGGUCGCCCUGUUUUAAAAACAGACUAAUAUGAGUUCAAUACACCGCAGUGGAUUAGAAGCCCUAAACACUUAAGAUGAGUAGGAAAUUACAUCUUGUCUUUAAGGACAGCAGUAACAGUGUCUCAAGUUGCCCCAUGUGUACAGAAAUGGCCUCAUACAACUAUCCUAAAACUCAAAAAUGACUGACCAGUCAUCAUUUUGAGUUGCCCAUGCACGUGUCAUUACCACCAGAACUGGCCACAUGAAUUUAAUAGAAUCAAAUAGUGACUGAGCAAAGAAAACUGCAGCUAUUCCAGGCUGCGAUCGUAAAAAUAAAUAAUAAUAAAUUGACAUAUUUUGUUACUAUUAUUAUGUGAAAGCUGACUUACAUGCUAAAUUGAAGCGUUCAGUUACUGAGAGCUUCGACAUUCCAGGCGUUUUCAGUUUGAGUAACUUGAUCAUUUGAGAGUAUAAGUCAGCUCCCAUUAUCUUUUGUUAAGGUAUGCUUCAGGAUUAGUGAAAGUAGCUCAGGUUGGUCCAUUUUACAGUUGAAUCUUCUGUGACGAUACUGCCCCCUCUUCUCAUCAUGUCUUACUUCAGUGAGUUUCUUCACUUCACGCCUCUUAAAUCAGGCAAAAUAAGUCGACGCUGAGUUCGUUCAUCAGAGACCCUGCAGUAAAACCAAUUAAAGCACCAUGCUGCUUCCUCCUUUGCAGGAUAUAUUGAAUUAUGUCUGCACAAGAGCAGCACGUACAAAACAGUCAACGUCCUGCUCAUCCUUUUCUGAUAGUUCAGAAGGUGCCUCUAAAAAUGUUCUCGCACUUUUUCAGGUUUUUACAGGAACCACAAUGCAGAAGCUGGUUCAGUUUCUUGAAUAGUUCUCACGCUGGGGCUUUUGCUUUGUUUGCCUCCACUUUUAAACAAUCAAGCACCGUCUUAAACUCUAAUCUGACUCUGUGAUUUGUUUCGUUCAGUUUCAGAUGUUCGAUCCACAGAAUAAUCUUGCAUAAUUCUAGAAAAGUUACAGUGGCUGCGUCUGCGUAGUUUGCCUGAUCUGGUAGCCGUUGGAUUCACGUGCUGGUCAGCUCUGCCAGUAUAUUUUAUAUGAAAUAUAUUUCAUAUUAUCCAAGACAGCCGGACACAGAUCAGGCACAAUCAAAGAAAGCAGGCGGGAAGUUUGAAUUAGCAGACGCAGCCAAUGUGGUGAUCUCUGCCUGUUCCCUGUUCUGCCUCAUGAUUGUUUUUUCCGAAGUCAUGUUCUUAUUUCGGGGUUAGGGUGCAGGGUAACACUUUACUGUAGGGUACUAUUCUUAGAGCUACAUGACACCUACAUGAGCUUGUCAUGACAACUGACAUAACCCUACAUAAACGUUUAUGAAUGCUUAUUCCAAUAGGCGUCAUCUGUUAUAAGGGCAGCUUUUGCUAACUUUGAUCAAGAUCUGCAGAUGUAACCAUGACAGCGAGCGACGCCUAUUGGAACAAGCAUUUAUAAGCAUUUAUGUAGGGUUAUAUCAAGCUUAUGUAGGUGGCAUGUAGCUCUAAGAACAGUACCUUACUGUACAGUGUUACCAGGUACAGAUACUGAAGGAAUACAGAGGACUUCGAUUACUUUAUUAUAGAAUCUAUUGGCUAACUUUCCAUUCAAGCCUACCUUUUUAAAUGAGUACCUAACUAAAAAAAUAAAAGCUAAUAUGGCUUAUUGUGACUGAAAGCAGGUUCGCAUGAUCUCAUGCCAGGUGUGAAAUUAAAUUCAGCAAUUUCACCGUCAUUAAUAUUGACUGAAACAUUUCUUUGGUGGUUCUCACACCUUGAGAAGGUGUAUAUCCGGCUUAGUAUCGGACAGACUGUCGCGGAUUCAUGUGUUCAUAUUUAUGUUGAAGGUUAAGCAGCGAAAUUUUGGCCUUCGUGUAUGUUUAACACCUCUUUUCAAAGCACUCGGUAGUGCCCCUUAGUUUUUUGCACCAACAAACUGGAAUGAAAAAUACCCCACUCAGUGUUGGAGACCCAACAUCUGAAUCUCGUAUCAUUUGUGUUACAUGCACAUCUGGUUCGGAAGCUCUCGAGAUGAGGAGCACCUUCCCCGCAGUGAAAACACACUGUUUUAAACGGAGGAGAGGCAUCACUAUACAUUCUCUGUACCUUCAACGAUGAGCUUGAAAGCAUUUUGGCCUUACAAUCAGUCUAUUUUGAUACCAACACCCAUCUGAUGCAAUGUGAAACAUCUUACCACCACAUACGUUUAUCUGUUUUUCUUUUUUAUCUUUUUGACUUUGCAGCGACCAUCUUUGUUACUUGCUUUUCUCGUCUUCUGUAUAUCCUUCCACAAACAAAAAAAAAUGUUUGUUUUUCUUUAGUCUCUUUAUAUUUAUGGACCUUGUAGAACCUUUUUCACUCGUGUACUUGUUUUUUACUCUUUCGUUGUGGCUGUGUUCGUGAUGUUAGUUGCCGUGCCCCAGCCUCCUCUGGCCCCCCUCGGCGCCCUGAAGAAAACGAAACACAAAUCAGAUGUUCUGGGGUGAUCGGGGGCGAAAAAAACGUUUGCUGCCAUUUUAGAAGACUCAUGAACCGUACUGUACUCCUUUAUGUAUAUUAAAUAUUAUAAGUAAAAUUUUACAGUAGAAACAGCUGCUCCCACUGGACCACAUCUG